CCUAGGUAGGGCACUUCCCACGCUGGGAAUAUUCUCACUGGACCAGGGUCCUGAGACGUGCCAGAGGCAGUCAUGAGGAAGGCUAAUUCUACAAAUUAGCUCACCUAUUCACAUCGAUCCAAACAAAACUUCAGUCUCCUGGACAGAGGGGUGUGGACAAUGACUUUGGUGUGGAUUGGGGAAGGCAGGAUUCUGCUUCCAGAGCAAUCCUGCAAGUCAAGCAGCAGGAGCAGCAGGAGCAGCAGCAGCUGAGAGGCCAGGAGCACAGAGCUGAGCUGGACCAUGCAGCUGCUGACACUCACUGCAGGGCUGGGGCUGCUCUCCUUGGUCCCUGCCAUGAUGCCUCCUCUGAGUCCUGCCACUACUGAGAAGCUCUUAGGCAAGUGGCACAUAAAGCGCUGGGCAGGAGACAUGCCUAUCCCUGAAUGGAGAUGGAAGGACCCACUGCCUCCCUUCACCUUCGAAAGAAACGGUCUUGACGAGCUGGAGUUCAGGAUGAACCUGACGAAACCCAUCGGCUGUAUUCAGUACAAGCUGCCUCUGUAUGAGGGGGAGGACCCUGGCACAUUCCUCACGUGGUGGAGGCAUGUCAUCUACAUCCACUUCCUGCCCGGGAAGAGCUUCGCCAUUGCCUACUUCAGGGGCAAAAUGAACUAUCAGUACUACCAGAUGAUGAUGCUCAUGGGCCGCACCCUGAAAGCUGACCCAGAUGCUCCGAGGAUCUUCAAGGAGUUUGUGAUGAGUAAAAUGCCCCAAACUGGAAAGAUCAUUAUCCCUCCCCAUGUUGGUAGGAGGGAAUUUCCUCUUUUCCCCCUUUCUCCAUCCUCACCCAGGCCUGUGCUCUGGAUAGUUCUCCUGUCCAAGAGCGACCACAGGAACAGCGUCACACUUUGUAGCUCAUCUACGUUUGCUCUGCCUUUUGUCCCUCUACAGAAGCCUGUGAGUUGGUCCAAGAUUCCUAGUGCACUGAGGGAGUGCUGCAGAGUGCAUGCAGGAAGCAGGAGCUGGGACCCUGGCUGACCUCUGCACCUACAUGCAGAACUCUCAGUGUCCAAGAGCACAGGCCCAACACCUACUCGUCCCCCAUAAGUCUGCAUUCAAUAAAUUUGGUCGAUAUCCCUCAA